UCGAGCAGGUUGGCUUGCCGCAAAGCACGCAUAUAGCAACAUGAGCUUCUCGGGUAUUGUGACACUUGUGACGCGCGCUGUCAUUCCACACAUAUCUCAAUAGCUAUAUGCCGUGCAAAACGUUCUAGAGUUGCUCGUCAGCCGCAGCUGUUCACGACAACAACAACAUUAUUGACACUUCGCAACGAGUAGUUCUUACGAAGCUACUAGUCCUAACGAGUGUCAUGCCUGAUAGCUGCACUUUGCUCCGUUAAAAAAAAAGAAAUAAUCUAGAGGCCUUUUGGAUGAGACUGAAUCGUACAGCCUUAAGCAUCGAAGUAGUCGUCUACUCGCAACAAAGAUUUUCAUCGAGAGACACAAUAAUACGCAAAACAUAGCAACGACAUGGAAGGCACAAAAAAACGUCUCACUGAUGAGUGGAGAGAACGAGCCAUGUUGGGUGAAUUGCCUGCUAAUUUUCUGAGAUUGGAUGAUGGAACUAAUGACUUGACCGAGAGUCAGGCAAGAUCGAGGGAUCAUGAAUCUGCAGCUGCCCAUGCCAUGCUUCAAAUGCAAAAUCAGACCAUGUGUUCGAUGGGCAGACUCACUAUUACAGUUGUACAAGCCAAAUUAGUUAAAAAUUAUGGACUAACUGGAAUGGAUCCUUAUGUAAGAUUAAGAGUUGGCCAUACAAUAUAUGAAACUCAUACAGAUAGAAAAGGUGGUAAAAACCCCCAUUGGAAUAAAGUCAUUCAAGUCUUCCUUCCACCUGGAAUCAAACAAAUUUAUGUAGAAAUUUAUGAUGAAUGCUCUUUUACAAUGGAUGACUUGAUUGCAUGGGGACACAUUACUAUUCCAUCCCAAGUAUUAGAAAAGGGAACAACUUAUGAAGACUGGUAUUUAUUAAGUGGAAAACAAGGAGAUGAUCAAGAAGGGUCCAUCAAUGUAGUUUUAAGUUAUGAGGUAAGGGUACCAAGACCUUACAUGGGUAUGGCUUCAAAUGUGGUGAUGGUGCCAUCAACAAAUCCAACCAACAGUAUGAUUCCAUUUGCUCCUGUAAAUGUUUAUACACAGCCUCCAGUCAAUCCUGAGAUGAAUGUUUUGCCAAGUUCAAGACCUCAAGCUGAAGAAGAAUUAAAACAGCUUAAUGAAAUGUUUUCAAACAUAGAUCCAGAAGUAAUCAAAUCAGUUUAUGAUGUGAAUGGUGGUAGAAAAGAUGUGACUGUGAAUUCGCUCUUACAAAUGAUUGAAUAAAAUAUUUUAAUUUCAAGAUACAUUUUUUCAAAUGCAACCAAAUAUAUUCAACUUGUAUCACUUGUGUCAUUAAAGUAAAUUUUGAUGUAUAAGUAUUCAUACCUUUCAAGAUGUUACAUAUGUCUACGUUAUAUUGUUUAUGUUAUAACUCUAUAUUAUUAUUACUUUUAUCAUUUGUUUCCAGCUAAAAAUUUAAAAUAAGAAAAGAAUGAAAAUCUGAAA